AUGAACGCUGACGAGUCUUCUUCUUUUCGGCGUAAGCUUGCGGAAAGCACUAAGCCAAAGCCUGUCGCAAGUUCACAAAUGCAGGCAAAUGUAAAUAUCGGCCUUGCGCGAUCCCAAGACGCAUCACAACUGUACAGGUUCCAAGACCCGUCUACUUUCACGUUUCUGAGCUCGUCCGCGGCAUCCGAAAGACUUACACGGAAACUUCGUGGAGCUGAGUACGCAACACGCGCGGCGGAAAAUGAUAAUGCUACUUCGGGGUCCGAUGAGAAGUAUAUCGAGCUGCUGCGAAUGAUCCAAAAGGCUUGCCGCCGUCCCGCGAAGGUCGCCAAGGAUCGUGUAGCUCCCGAUGACGAACCUUUGCUCCGCAAUAUUCACACAGCCGAAGAUGCCGUCGCGUUUUUCACGGCUAACGGCAGUUCGACCAGCCUCAAGCAUGUUUUCCUCAAUUGCGCUCCAAAAGGCGUGAAAUUUCGCCCAUACGACCUGGUGGUUACGGAAAAGGGCUCGGAGGAGCCUGAGCAUUAUAUUUUGAGCGCCACAGGUAUCGUCCACAUGCGCCCCGGGCGGCCUUCUGAAGUCAUGACGCUCGCAGAUUACAUGAAAGAAUCUUCUCUUUUUAACAUUCUACAAAAUAUUCCCUUUUUUAAGAAUUUUCUUUUGUACAAAGCGUUUCUUCGUCUGCAGAUGAAGCUACGCCAGCGCAAGUAUGCCGCCAUACGGAGGGCUUUGUCGAAGGACCUGCUUAUUGCGAAGCCAACAUUUGCCUACCCCAUCCUCGAUCUUGUGAAGCAUGCACACACCAUUUCUGAUGCGAAAUUGAUCGAGUACGUUCCGCAAGGCAAGCAUGAUUACGUGGUGGAUGAUUUUGCCCUGUCCCAGUCGAGACAGCGGCAGAAGGCUUCCGUUUUUGUGAACGGUAUUAUCGAGCGCAUGGAGGAGAAGGUCACAAAGCUUGUUGAGGUACUUCAGCAUCGCGCUGACGUUCCAGAUAUCAACACGCGAGAGGCGCUGGAGCAGUACCUGCUCACGAUGGCCGUUGGAGAGGGAGCCGACACCAGAGCGAAGCGGAAGGUCAAGUCUAUGAGCGACGCCCGCGAGGAUUUGGAACGGCGAAUGCGAGAGUUGAAGCGAAGCCUGGUGGAGUACUCGAAACUGCACCUCUUUAUCCGUCUUGUUGACUUUCUGGCAUCUGAGCAGCUAUUCUGUCGCGUGCUUUCUGUCGCCCAGACAUUCCUCAACACCGUGCGCGGACAGAUGCAAAGCGAGGUUCGCAAAGUUGGUUUUCAGAUAUUUCUCCAUCCUGAAGAUACGACCAUUGUGUUUGAUCCGAAAGAGGAAGUUUUACGCGACGUCUUUGCCAGCCUGCUCUCUGGUUGCACAGAUGCUGUUACCAUCAGUCCCCGUCUUUGCGCUCAAAAAUACCUGAAAGCACUGUUUCCCAUUUCGCCGAAAAUCUGGAAUAUUGGCGAUGAGUUGCGGUCGAACGCGAGGCUUGAUUAUAUCCACUCGGCGCUUUUGGAGAUUCUGCACAAUGAUUACGAGAAGGCAGAUGUGCGCCUCGUGACGUAUCUCACUACUGUGCCGCACAUUCAAUUUUUGCAGAAGUCAUGGGAGGAGGUCGAAGAUGCGUGUAAGCAAGAAACCCGCGAAAGUGUUUUGUCUGCAAAUAGCCUGGCAAAACUGUACCGUCGUUUGCAGGAAGCUCAGGACGCCCUUCGCGUGCUCAUUGCGUCUUAUGUGGGGUGUCUUCUUUGGAUCAACGCGUCAAAGUUGAAGACGGAAAUCGAACCCCGCAUGGUGAUUCUGCGUGACGGAAUGAAUUCCACACUCCGGGCCACCGCACGAGACCUGAUUCGGGAGCUGAACACGUUCUUCAAGCAGAAAUCACAGGCAAUGAAUGAGCGGCCGCAGACCUUACGAGAGUUUGCAGACUUUACAGCGGAGUACAAAGAAAUCGUUUCAAUCGCACGCGAGACCGACGCAAAAAUCGCGCAGGCGGAGGCGCUUUGUGAACUUAUGGACCGGCAACAGGUUGAGUUUCAGGACGACGAAGAUAAGCAGCUGCGCGAACGUACGCUGGGUAGCAGUUCUUCAAGUGGGUCUCUGCGCAGCGUUUUCGACUCGGCACGCCUGCAGGCGGGCGAGUUCAUCGAAGAAAACAUGCCAACACACGUCGACACACUGCAAGCCGAAGUGGCCAGCGUAGAGGAGGAAUGUGCCGGUCUCAACGAGAUGCUUCUCGGAGAAGAGUUUGCAGCCUUGUCAGAUAACACGGAGCCGUUGCUGCAGUAUUUGAUUGACAUAAACGCUAAGCUCACUGAGAUUGAGGCAAGAGAGGAACAGCUGAGUCGGUACGCGAAGCUAUUUAGCCAACACUCGUUCGACUGGUCGUUUAUCAGCGACGUCAAGGCACUUUUCCAGGCUCGCGAAGAGGUGUGGAAUCUUCUCACUACGUUUAACAAGAAGACUGAAUACUGGUUCGAGACGCCUGUCAAGGAGCUCGAUACCCUCGAAAUGGAGGAGCAGGUCAAUCUUCUUGUCCGCCGCGCCGGCGUCGUUAAUCGCACUAUGCUCGAGCGGAAUUACGAGGACGAGGUCGCCCCGCACCUGAUAGAGGAGCUGCGGUCUAUCCGCGUCAACAUGGGGGUUAUUCACGACUGCGGAAACAAGCACAUGACACAGGAACACUGGAAUGCGGUGCUGAAGCAGAUCACUGGAAAUGCGUACAGCUACCACGACGACUUAAACCUCAACGCCUUGGAGGAAUGGAACAUUUUCGCGUACAAAGAAGCACUCUCGGAACAGUCUGGGCUGGCAACUGGUGAAUGGAAGAUUUCGAACGAUUUGGACGCAGUGAAGCAAAUCUGGGACGCUUUGGGCUUUACGACAAAGCCAUACAAAAACCGAGAAGGCGUCUUUAUUUUGGAUCAGCUGGAGGAUGUGAUUCAGCAGUUGGAUGAUCACCAAAUCGAGUUGCAGACUACCAUGGCGUCCCGCUUUGUCGCCCCAGUACGUGACAAGGUGGAGAAGUGGAUUCACGACCUUCGCCUCGUCGGCGACGUAAUUGACGAAUGGAUCACGCUGCAGAAAAACUGGAUGUACCUUGAGUUUAUUUUCUCGUCUGAAGACAUUAAGGAGCAGCUACCCGAGGAGAGCGGCAUGUUCGACAACGUGGAUCGCCUGUUCCGCUCGCUGACCUCAAGGGCCAACAACCAGAAGAACGUGUUCCAAAUUUGCACUGAGGAAGGCGUCUUAGAGGACUUGCAGGUCAACAAUGCCAACAUCGAUCAAAUCCAGAAGAAACUGGAGGACUACCUGGAGACGAAGCGCAUCGCCUUCCCACGCUUUUAUUUUCUGUCCAAUGAUGAGCUGCUUUCGAUUUUGUCAGAUGUGCGCAACCCCAAAGCGGUGCAGCCGCACCUGUCCAAGUGCUUCGACUCCAUCGCAACGCUCGUGUUCUCCGACGAGGAGUGCUCCGAGAUUGUCGGCAUGGUUUCCGGGGAAGGCGAGCAAGUGUCGUUUGAAAAGCCAGUGUACCCCGUCGGCAACGUGGAACAGUGGCUUGCUGAGAUUGAGCGUAUGAUGAAGGCGUCGCUCUACAUGCACAUGCAGCUCACGCUAGAAAUGGUAACGCAGCGGAAGCGCGAGGAGUGGAUUUUCCAGCAUCCGGCGCAGUGCAUUCAGGCUGUGGACAUGAUUAUGUGGACCGGACAAGUGGAAGCCGCCAUCGACGGCGCAUCGCUUUCCUCCUAUCACAAGGAGUAUCACGGUCAGAUUCUCCGCAUGGUGGAGCUGACGCGGCAGCCGCUCUCGAAGCUGCAGCGCAUCCUCGUCGGCACCCUCAUCGUGCUCGACGUGCAUAAUCGCGAUAUUGUGCAGAAUUUGAGCAGCGAGCACGUCGUGAGCCUUGACGACUUCGCCUGGUACCAGCAGCUGCGCUAUUACUGGGAGGACAGCGGCCGCAAGGCACGCAGUGGGGAAAAGAACGUCGGCAUUCAUCAUUGCAAUGCACACUUGUGGUACGGCUACGAAUAUCUUGGAAAUCAAGCGCGGCUCGUCAUUACGCCCCUUACCGAUCGCGCGUUUUUGACGUGCACGAACGCACUGGCCAUGAAUCUUGGCGCCGCACCGCAGGGUCCGGCUGGUACCGGCAAAACCGAGUCCGUGAAAGAUCUCGGCAAGGCUCUCGCGCGGCAGGUGGUCGUCUUCAACUGUUCCGACGGCAUUCACUACAAGACUAUGUCGCGCAUGUUUGCAGGUCUGGCGCAAGCUGGCGCGUGGGCCUGCUUCGAUGAGUUCAACCGUAUUGAGCUGGAGGUGCUCUCCGUGAUUGCGCAGCAAAUGCUGGACAUCACGACGGCGCUGACGCACAAGCUGACACGUAUGGACUUUGACGGGCAUCCGAUCCAGCUUAGCCCAAACUUCGGCGUCUUUAUCACGAUGAAUCCUGGCUACGCGGGGCGCACGGAGCUGCCGGACAACCUCAAAGCGCUUUUUCGGCCCAUUUGCAUGAUGAUUCCAGACUACGCCCUCAUCGCAGAGAUCAUGUUCUACUCCGAGGGGUUUUCCAACGCGCGCACAUUGGCGCAGAAGAUGGUGCAGCUGUACAAGCUGAGCUCCGAGCAGCUCUCCAAGCAGGACCACUACGAUUUCGGUAUGCGUGCGGUGAAGUCUAUCCUGGUCAUGGCGGGCUCCCUCAAGCGACACAGCGCAAACGAGAGCGAGGACAUGCUGCUCAUCCGCGCGAUGCGCGACGCCAACGUGCCAAAGUUUCUCCGCGACGACACCACGCUCUUCAUGGCACUCGUCAGGGACCUCUUCCCCACCAUAGCGAUGGAGGAAACCCCCAAUACGCUGUUGGUGGACUACCUGAAGCGGCAGUUGGUGGACGACGGUCACCAGGCGGUGGAGGGGAUGGUGACCAAGGCGAUGCAGCUGUACGACACCCUGCUCGUCCGGCACGGUGUGAUGCUGGUCGGUCAGACCUUCAGCGGAAAGUCGACUGUGCUGCGCACGGUGCAGCAGUCGCUGACGCACAUCAAGGAGGAUGGACACGGCACCGGGGACAACACACCGCUCUUCAACAAGGUGCACCUGCUGCAGCUCAAUCCCAAGUCCGUCUCUAUGGGCGAGCUGUACGGCCAAGUGAAUGAGAUCACCCGCGAGUGGACGGACGGCAUCCUCAGCAGCAUCGCCCGCGGCAUCACCCGUGCUGCGCUGACCGAGCCGGACCGGCAGUGGGUUGUCUUCGAUGGACCUGUCGACGCGUUGUGGAUUGAGAACAUGAACACCGUAUUGGAUGACAACAAGCUGUUGUGUCUCUUCAACGGUGAGCGCAUUAAGCUGCCGACCACGGCAACGUUCAUGUUCGAGGUGCAGGACUUGCGCGUCGCAUCGCCGGCAACGGUGUCCCGUUGCGGCAUGGUGUACUUGGAACCGUACUACCUGGACGGUCACCGCGGCUGGGUGCCGAUUGCGCGCAGUCUCGUCGAGAGCAAGGCGAAGACCGAUGCACGCCUGCGCAAGGAUCGCCUGUUGGAGCUGCUGCAGCUGCUGCUGCCAGACACGCUCGAAUUUAUUCGCACGCACUGCCACGAGUGGAUUCCGUCCGUUGAUGCGCAGCUGGCGGUGAACUGUGUGGAGCUCCUGCAAGGGUUUCUUGCGACGUGCGAGGACGAGAAGGUGUGGCCGCGCGAGGCGGUUCGAUCGGACGACGAACCCGCCGGCGAUGGCGACGAGGCGGACAACAUCCAGCGCACCGACACGGAUAUACUGGCAGCCACGAAGCGCAGUUCUUCCGCCGCUGCCGCCCGUCCCAUCCCCAGUACCCCCGCGGAGUUCGCCCGGCCUCCCAUCACCAACGCCUCCGCGGCCACGCUGGACGAGAGUCGACUCUUCGACAUGUACUUCUUCAUGGCGUUUGUGUGGGCGGUUGGCGGCAAUCUGCGCGAUGACUCCCGGGAGGCUUUUAAUACGUUUCUGCGGGAGAAGGUGGCGGUGGCACUGCCAGGGCUGCUGCCGUCGCAGGCAACCGCUGCGACUGCCACGGCGGCCCCUGAAGACGCCAAUGUCAGCGUGUACGACUACGUGGUGCACCGCCCGUCCAUGCAGUUCAUCACUUGGAACCACCUUGUCCCGACGUUCAUGUACGACCGCUGCAGUUCGCACUUUGAGCUGGUGGUGCCAACCGCAGAGGGGGUCGCCUUCAACACGCUGCUGAGUGUGCUAACGUCGUCAUCGCAACACGUCUUGGUGAACGGUGUCACCGGCACCGGCAAGUCGCUCGGUGUGCUGAACUUUCUCACCAACUCCCGCCACACGGACGAACCAACAAGCGCGUGGGAGUCCUUCAGCGUCGUCUUCUCCGCCCAGACGCGCAGCAAAGACAUCGAGGAUCGGCUGGAAAGCAAACUGUACAAGAUCCGCAGCACCGCCCUCGGCCCAACCCCAGGCAAGCGCGCGAUUCUCUUCGUGGAUGACAUCAACAUGCCCACGCCAGAGGUCUUCGGCGCCUCGCCGCCGCUUGAGCUGCUGCGGCAGCUCAUCACGCAGCGCGGCUUCUACGACACGCACAAGAGCCCCGCCGCCUUUAAGGAGAUCCACGAUGUGGUGAUGCUCGCCGCGUGCGGUGUGCCGGGUGGCGGCCGCAACGAAAUGACGCAGCGCCUGACCUCGCGCUUCCACCUCAUCUGUCAGCCCGCCAUUUCCGAGUCGUCGACGCGGCGCAUCUUCGGCUCCCUCCUGUACGGCUUCCUGCAGCAGUGGGACUCGGAGGACGUUCGCGGGCUCUCCUCGAAGCUCGUCGCCGCGACGUUGGUGUGCUACGAGCGCAUCACGCAGGAGAAGCUGCCGACGCCGACGCGCUCGCACUACACCUUCAACCUGCGCGAUAUGGGUAAGGUGAUUCAGGGCGUCAUGCAGACCUCGCCCCGCGUCACCACGUCCGUCACCGCCUUCCACCGCCUCUUCCUGCAUGAGGUGUCCCGCACCUUCCACGACCGCCUCGUCGACACGAAUGAUCGCAAGUGGUGGUGGUCGACGCUGGCGGACGUCUGCAAGAACGUCCUCGGCGAGACGUGGGCGCCAUCGUUCGAGGAGCUCAUCUUCGGCGACUUUAUGCGCCGUGACCGCGCACACUACCAGGAGGUCACCGAGACAACUGACGCCAUUGCCCAUACGCUCAGCGAGUACCAGAACGGGUACAACAUGGAGUACAAUAAAGAAGUGGACUUGGUCUUCUUCAAGGCCGCCGAGCAGCACGUGGCGCGGCUGUGUCGAGUCCUUCGUCAACCCCGCGGACACGCUCUGGUGGUGGGGAUGGGCGGUACCGGUCGGCAAUCCCUCUGCAAGCUCGCCGCCUUCAUCUGCAACCUCCCUGUAUACGAGGUCACCAUCACACGCACCUUCAACAUGACGGAGUUCCACGACAGUCUUAAGAAGGUUCUGCUGGAGAGCGCGUGCCGCGACAAGCCGGUGCUCUUCUUCCUCUCCGACACGCAGCUCGUGAAGGAGGAGAUGCUGGAGGACAUCAACAACCUACUCAACACGGGCGAGGUCCCAAAUCUGAUGCAGUCGGACGACAUCGACCAGAUUGUGGAGGCGGUGCGUCCCUACGCCGUCGCCGCCGGCAAGCGUGAGACACGCAACACGAUUUUCUCGCACUUUGUCAGCAUGUGCCGCGAUCACGUGCACAUUGUGUUGGCCAUGUCGCCGGUAGGUGAGCAGUUCCGCCGUCGCCUGCGCAUGUUUCCGUCUCUCGUGAACUGCUGCACCAUCGACUGGUUUGACCAGUGGCCCCGCGACGCCCUCUCGUCCGUGGCGCAGCGCGUGCUGGUGAACCUGUCGAUGAGCGAGGAGGACAAGGCGAACCUGAUCGAACUCUGCGUGUCGAUUCACGUGGGUGCGCAGGAGGCCUCCGAGGAGUUCUACGCCGAGCUGCGGCGCCGCACCUACACGACCCCGGCGUCAUAUCUCGGCCUCCUCACGAGUUAUCAGCAGCUGCUGGAGGAGCAGAACAGAGUGGUGACGGUGCAGGUGGAGCGCUACCAAGGCGGUCUCGACACCCUACGCAGCACGCAGACCAUGGUGGAUGAGAUGAAGAUGAAGCUGACCGAGAUGCGGCCCAAAUUGAUCGAAGCGGCCAAGGAGACGGAGGAGAUCAUGGGCCGGGUGGAGCAGGAGCAGGCGUCGGCCGAGACGGUGCGGAAGCAGUGCGCGGAGGAGGAGGCGGUCGCGAAGGACAUCCAGGCUGAGGCCGACGCCAUCCGCGGCGAGUGCCAGGCGGAGCUCACGAAAGCGCUCCCCAUCUUGAAGGCAGCCGAGGACGCCUUGGCGGAGCUGCGCCCGGAUGACAUUCGCGAGGUCCGCAGCUUCCUGAAGCCGGCCUCCCGCGUGGUGCUGGUGCUGGAGGCGGUGCUCAUUCUCUUGGGCGAGAAGGACCUGAGCUGGGACCGCGCGAAGCUUGUGAUGAGCCGCAUGGACUUCAUCAAGGAUCUCCUGAACUACAAGCGCGACGACUUGACGGAGAAGAUCAUCAAGGCGUUGCAGAAGUACGUGAACAACCCUGACUUCCAGCCGGAGGAGGUGGAAAAGAGCUCGAAGGCGUGCAAGUCGCUCGCGAUGUGGGUGCUGGCGAUGAACAACUACUAUGAGGUGGUGAAGGUGGUGGCCCCGAAGCGCGCACGCCUGGCAGAGGCGGAGGGAAAGGUGGCCGUCGCAACGGAGGCCCUACAGGAGGCCCGUUGCCGCCUGCGCAGCAUCGAGGAGAAACUCGAGGCGCUGCAGGCGGAGAUGAAGGAGAAUGUGCGCAAGAAGCACCAACUGGAAGAGGAUAUCGAUCUCACGACGGUGCGACUGGAACGGGCCGAGCAGCUCAUGAGCGGCCUCGGCUCCGAGCAGACGCGGUGGGCGCAGGCGGUGACGCAGCUGACGGAGGAGAAGGCAGGCCACGCCGGCACGAUGGUGCUGGCAGCUGGUGCGGUGGCCUACCUCGGCCCCUUCACGUCAACGUAUCGCGAGCGCCUUCUGCGUGCGUGGUACGACAAGUGUGUGGCGCUGGAGCUCCCGGUGGGGCAGGCGCAGUUCCAGCUCUCCAGCAUCAUGGACCCUGUUCGCAUUCGUACCUGGUCCCAGCAGGGCCUGCCCACCGACCACUUCAGUGUGGAGAACGGCGUGGUGGUGCACAAGUCGCACCGAUGGUGCCUCUGCAUCGAUCCUCAGGGGCAGGCCGUGAACUGGAUUCGCUCGAUGGAGCGAGAGCGUAACCUUCGAGUGGUGAAGCUGACCGAUCCAAGCUACAUGCGCACCCUCGAAAACGCGAUUCGCGUUGGCCUGCCGGUGCUCAUCGAAAAUGUCGGGGAGUCCCUCGACGCCGCAUUGGAUCCGGUGCUACUCCGGCAAACCUACCGCUCGCAAGGUCGACUGCUCAUUAAGCUAGGCGACAGCGAGGUCGACUACGACCCGAAGUUCCAGCUGUACAUGACGACGAAGCUGCCGAACCCCUCCUUCUCGCCUGAGCUGCAGAUUAAGAUGACGGUGGUGAACUUCACGGUGACCCCGAUCGGUCUCGAGAACCAGCUGUUGGCCGAUGUGGUGCGAGUCGAAAUGGCGGAGCUUGAGCAGCGGGCUGAUCAGACGGUGCUGGACAUCGCCCACGGCAAGGAUGAGCUGAAGGCGUUGGAGGACAAGAUUCUCCAGCUCCUCGCCUCCUCCACGGGCAACAUCCUCGACAACGAACAGCUCGUCAACACGCUGCAGGAGGCGAAGCGGACGAGCGAGAGCGUCGGUCACGCUCUGCGGGUCGCGGAGGAGACGCAGCGCGACAUCGGUGCCGCGCGCGAUCGCUACCGCCCCGUCGCGCGGCGCGGCGCCACCGUUUACUCGGUCAUCACCGAGCUGGCCCGGUUGAACCACAUGUAUCAGAACUCACUGGACUUCUUCAAGCAGCUCUUCGUGCUGACGCUGAAGCAGACGGAGAGGAACGAUGACGUCGAGCAGCGCGUGGCGACGCUGCUGCCGGCCGUGACGCUUCGGUCGUACAACACCGUCUGCCGCGGUCUCUUCGAGACGGACAAGCUGAUCUUUGCGGUGCUGCUGUAUGUGCAUAUUGCCCGCCAGGAGGGCGCCGUGGCCGACGACGAGUGGUCGUUUAUGCUGAAGGGCAGUGAGGGCAAGCGGUACGUAGAUGAGGAGAUUGAUCCACCGCCGGCGUGGAUGAGCCUGACCUCGUGGAAUGAGCUGUCCGCCUUGGCGGCGACGAUUCCUGCCUUUUCGCCCUUCAAGGACGCGGUCAUGGACCACGAAGACGCGUGGGCUGCGUGGAGCGCGAACGACAAGGCCUACGAAGGCUACCCUGCGAGCUUGGGCUCGCACACAGGCUGGCAGCGGCUGCUCGUGCUGAAGGUGUUCCGCGAGGACCUGCUAAACUACGGCCUGUCGUUGCUGAUUGAGCAGGAGUUGGGCAAGGCGUUCACGGAGAGCCCGGCGUUCGAUCUGGAGGGCUGCUUCCAGGACAGUGCCCCUACCGCGCCCAUUAUCUUCGUGCUGACGCCCGGCACAGACCCGACGCAACUCUUCACGGAGUUCGCGGAGCGAAAAGGCUUCGGGUCUCGCAAGAUGAUGCUCUCACUCGGGCAAGAUCAGGGCUACAAGGCCGAAGAAAUGAUCCGCAUCGCCAGCACCGAGACGGGUGCGUGGGUCUAUCUGCAAAACUGUCACGUGUACUCCUCCUGGAUGCCAUCGCUGGAGCGCAUCUUGGAGGAUCUGACGCGUCGCGAUGUGCAGCGCGACUUCCGCCUGUGGCUCACCACGAUGCCUGUUGCCUCCUUUCCGGUGCUGCUGCUGCAGUCCGGCGUGAAGGUGGUGAAGGAGCCGCCACAGGGCCUCAAGGCGAACAUGCGCGACACCUUCUCCGUCGCCGUAACGUCCGAGUUGUGGGACAGCUGCCCACGCAACCCGUCGACGUGGCGUCGCAUGCUGCUCUCCCUCACCUUCUUCCACGCGGUGAUCCAGGAGCGGCGCCGCUUCGGGCCGCUGGGGUGGAACAUCCCGUACGAGUGGAGUCAGCCGGACUUCUCUGCGAGUGUGCAGGCCCUGCAGAUCUACCUGCGCGACGAGGGCGACGCCGUGCCGUGGAGUGCUCUGCGGUACAUGGUCGGCGUCAUCAACUACGGCGGGCGUGUCACCGACUUCCUCGACAACCGCUGCCUUGAGACCAUCCUGGAGAAGUUCUUCCACGAGGGCAUCGUGGUGCCGGACACCGAGGUGGACUUCUCGGCGGAUGCCGUCUACUGCAUCCCGGCAGACACGACGUCGUUGACGGACAUCCGGGCCUACCUGAACGACCUCCCUACCUUCGAAAGUCCGGAGCUGUUUGGCCUGCACGCCAACGCCGACAUCACCUUCAACAAGAACACGGUGCGGCGUCAGCUGGCGGCUAUCCUGUCCGUGCAGCCGCGCACCAAGGCGGCGGCCGGUCGCAGUCCCGAGGAAAAGGUGCUGGAGCUGGUAAUGGAGUUCCAGCGACGGCUGCCCGCACCGAUCGACAAGUCACAGGCGCACCCCGACACCUACCGCCUCACGGAUGACGGUACGAUGAUCUCGCUCGGGACGGUGGCGAGUCAAGAAAUCCUUUUCUUCAACGGCGUCCUCGCUAAGCUGAGGCGCACGCUGAGUUUAUUAGCGAGCGCCAUCAAGGGGGAGGUGGUGAUGUCCGCGGAACUCGAGGCGAUGUUCGACGCGAUUCUGCUCGGCCAGGUGCCGAAGUUGUGGCACGACGGCGGCUACCUGUCCCGCAAGCCCCUCGCCUCCUGGUUCGAGGAUACGCUGCAGCGCACGGAGUUCUUCCGGGAGUGGAACGACCACGGCGCGCCGACGAGCUUUUGGAUCUCAGGCUUCUUCUUCCCCCAGGGCUUUCUCACCGGUGUCCUGCAGACCCACAGCCGCCUGCACACGAUCCCGAUUGACGAGGUCAAGUUCCGCACUAACGUCACCCGCUGCGAGCUGCCGGAGGACGUCAUGGAGGAUGUGGAGAGCGGGGUGUACAUUCACGGUGUGUUUGUGGAGGGAGCGGGCUUCGACCUCAAGGAACGCACGCUGAUGGAGAGCAAGCCCGGUGCACUUUACACGCCGAUGCCGGUCAUUCACCUGCAACCGGUGCGUAGCGGGGAGACGACGGCGACGGACGAGACGUACGCCUGUCCCGUGUACAAAACAUCUGCGCGUGUGGGUAUGCUGUCGACGACCGGGCUGUCGACGAACUUCGUUGUGUCGUUGGAUUUGACGUCCACCCCCGGGGUUCCGCCGCAGCAUUGGAUCGACCGUGGUGUGGCGCUGCUGUGCAUGCUAGAUGAUUAA